AUAUAAAUUAUACCUGACUCGAGAUACAGAAAAUAUUCGAAUUGACUGGAUCACUGGACCGACGACGACGGCCGGCUGAGGGAAGCAUCAAUUUCGAGUGUUGAUGCAAUGAUUAGCGAAUUUGCCCUUUCCGUCCGCGCGAUGCAGUUGGAGCAAUUCCACCGCCCAAUGCCAUUCGUUGCAACAACACCCGGGAGAACUGUGCUGGAAUUCGGUGGAGGGCUCAGUGUGGAACUAGAACUGAGUACGAGAACAUCAAUAACGAAGUCAAUCGCGCGAAGGGAAAUGAGAUCGGUGUCGGUAGUUCACCUGUUGCUGCUUUUGGGUGCCUUGCUAGGAGGUAUUUCGGCCCAAAAAAAUCCCUUGGCAGCGGAUGAGGAUGUUGUCAACGCAACAUCGACAAUUGCGGAAAACGUUUCGGAACUACAGGGAUCCAUAGAGACGCUGAAAAAUAAUUUCCCCACAACCGAUUACCUUAAAAUGGGAACUCAAGGCUUUCUCGAUUACGUGUCAAAUGUUUCCAGCAAGUUCAUUCCGGUUUUCGAAAACUUCGAUCAAAACAAUCCGGAAAAGGUUCAACAGAAACUGAUCGAAGCAAUCCGCUAUCUCAACGGUUACGAAGUGAUCAAUAGCAUUACGCUGAUGCAGAAUCUAGACUACAAUUUAUACAACCACAAUCAGUUCCGGUCAAUCAAUAGCGAUCUACGGAUAUCGUCAAUUGCUUUUUCUGAAGCUAUGUUCGAUCAACGUGAUGUUGGGCCAGCUUUGGAUGAUCUACAAGCCACCACGGAUAAGCUGCUGGAAAACGUUGUACGGCUAACCAAAUUAAUUCAACGUGGUGAAGCGUGGACGAUGGAAACUUCAUCUCGUGCAUCAGCAGCACAGCAAAGUUUCAACGAAUCCAUCGAUAAUUACGUCAACAGCUCUAGCACAAUGAUCCUGGACGUAACAGAUACGCUGAACAAUCUUCGCUCGUUUGAAGAAGAGCUGUACCAAAAAAUGAAGGAACGUAUACAGCUUCUACCGAAAUCUACCGUCAACUAUAUGAUCGCCCUUAAGAAAACCCUUGAAAAUAUGAUUCAAAAAGUGUCAAUGAGUUUCGAAAAUCUGCGACUGUAUAAACAUCGCGAAAUCGAACAUUGGAAACUGCGGUCGUUCUUCACCGCUCCGAUCAGCUACAUGACUCAGGUUGCCGUACAGGUCUCGGCAGAUCCAAUGCUCUCGACAGACUGCACCGAGGCCUACAUCGAGAAGCUUCUUGCGUUCCCAAAUUUUACCAUAAGUCAUGUGAACUCAUGUCUGGCCGAUCAGAUCGCCAACGAAGAAAAAACCUUUGAACUGGUCAGCAGCGUCAUUGAAAACUACGUCGCAACUGCCAUCAACGCUUCGUAUGCAGCCUUCGACAUUUGCUACCGAUAUGCUCCCAAAAAGCUGAACUACUGUUUGGAAUUGAACGGUUUCGAAAACACCUGGGCCAAUGGACGCAUCUUGAGUGCCUCUCGACAAAUUGAAACCUUCGUGGACAGUGAAAUUCAGAGUAACUUCAACACAUGUAUUGCUCAAAUCGGGUACUUCCUAAAUUACCACAACCUACAGGAGAUGUGUUUCUACAACAAAAAACGCUUUCGGCCACGCGGCCGCUGGUGAACAAAGUGUUACUUUGUGUGGGAGUCCAAUUGUUUUUGUUUAGUUGACUAUUGCAAUAAAUGGUAUCUUUCUUUAAUGGA